AUGAAUACGCGUCAGAGCUACGCACCCACUCCCCACAGCUACGUCCCCAACACGAACCUGUCAGCGACCAUCAACCUCGAUGAAGAGGUGACACUCACCACCACCCGCGCCGAGCGCGACCUCCAGGACUCCCUGGGCGAGCUCUUCAGCAUCAUCGUCACGCUGGACCAGCUGGAAAAGGCCUUCCUCAAGGAUGCCAUCCCCGAGGCCGAGUACACGGACAUUUGCGAGCGCUCGCUGAGGCAGUACAAGGCGCUGCUGGCGGACGAGACGAUUGCCGCCGAGUUCCGGGACCUGGAGGACUUUAAGGCCAAGUGGGAGCUCGACGUCCCCCGCGCAACCGAGCGUCUCCGCGUCGGCAUGCCCUCCACAACCGUCACCGCAUCCUCCUCAGCGCCCUCCUCGUCGACCCCAGGCGGCGGCGGCGGCGGCGGCGGCAGCGCCGCGAACAACCCCAGCGGCGUGCUCAUCCUCGAGGCGACGCAGGAGUUCAUCACCUUCCUCGACGCCGUCAAGCUCGGCCUGCUGUCCAAGGACCAGCUGCACCCGCUGCUGUCGGACGUGAUCCAGUCCGUCAACCGCGUCACCGACAAGGACUUUGACAACAGGGGCAAGAUCGUGCAGUGGCUCAUCACCCUCAACCAGAUGAAGGCGUCGGACGAGCUGAGCGAGCAGCAGGCGAGGGAGCUGGAGCUGGAUAUCCAGCAGGCGUACCAGGGGUUCAGGCGGACGCUGACGUGA